CUCACGCUCUCUUCUCUCAGUUUCUGAGUUUCUCUCCGUCUUCAUCUCUGUCUCCAUCUCCGUCUGCAAGCCAUCGGUAUAGCGUAGCGUUGUAGAUGCUUCCGUCUUCGAGAUCCAAACCCUCGCGCUCACCGCCGGCACAGCUCUGGUGGCUCCCCCGCCGCAUCGAGGAGAAAGAUGAAGAUGUCGAUGAGGCGAAGCGAUCGACGUAGUCCUUGAGCCAUCCUCCCCUCCCGCCGGUGGAUUCCAGAGGUGGCGGCGUCUCCUCCUUCAUGGCGUUCUCGAGGUCUCGUCUCACUCUUGCGACCACGGAUUCAAUGCCCUCUUCUUCGGAUCCGAUCGAGAAGGAUCUAGGAAGUGGAUAAGGGAUUGGUGGAGUUGGGAUCUCGAGGCCGGAGGUGGUGAUCGGAGAACGACAGAGAGGGUAGGAAGGGGAAGAUCGGAGCCAGGCAUUGAUGCAGGAGACGUGGAAGGGGUGGCGGCAGGCGGGGAGGAUGCGGAGCCGAUCCUGAGGACGGAGGUGGGAGAGGCACACCGCGCAGUCGCCAGAGAGACGUGCUGCUACAGCGGUGGAGAUCAGGAGUGAUGCGAUCAAAGCCUUUGCAUCGUGAUCGGUUGUUGAGAUGGAGCCGGAGCUGGAUUAGGGUUAGGGUUAGGGUUUGGGAUGGGUGGAAAGGAGGGAGAGGGGAACCGGGAGAAGAGACGGAGGAGGAGGUGGAUGGAGGCGGAGGCGGCGAUGACGAAGAUGAGGAUGGCGGCGAUGAUGAGGAAACUGGGGUUGUAGGAUCCGGCGGAAGCGUGAGGGUUUGGAUCUCGAAGAACUUGUCUUUGUCCCUGCUUAAUAUUAUAGUGGGGAGAAUUGGCACUGAGACACCUACCAACGAGGCUGGCGAAGUCACAAGUCAUCUGCAGGGUAUGUUCAACAGGACAAUAAGAUUGUUAGAGGCUGGAAUCAAACCAGUGUAUGUUUUCGAUGGUCAGCCACCUGAUCUCAAGAAGCAAGAACUAGCAAAGAGGUACUCAAAGACGGAAGAUGCUAGCAAGGAGUUGACAGCAGCUAUAGAGGUAGCUUUACUCUACUGUUCUUAG